GAUUUAACAGAGACCACAAAUAAUAUUUAUGAUGGUAAAGUACCAGGCCACUGGAUCUCAAUUUCAUGGACAUCCUCGGCAAUAGGUUUUUGGUUUGAAGAAUGUUUAAAACGUCACAAGCAAAUCGAUUCAUGGAUUUUCACCAAGAAGCCGAUCAUAUUUUGGAUGACUGGGUUUUUCAAUCCACAAGGGUUUUUAACAUCAAUGAAACAGGAAAUCUCAAGGGCUCACAAUGGUUGGACUUUAGAUAAUAUAGCACUCGAAAAUGAAGUCACCGUUUACACAAAAUAUGAUAUUCAAAAAGGACCAUUAGUGAAUACCUACCUAAAUAUUGCAAUUCGUGUGAAAUAAUAAAAAUACUAACAUUUAACCUUUUCUUGUAAAUUACAGGAAGGAGUCUUUUGUUAUGGAUUGUUUCUUGACGGAGCAGGUUGGAAUAAACGGCAAAAAGAAUUACAAGAAGCAAUUCGUAAAGUGAUCUAUACAGAAAUGCCUGUAAUCCAUAUAUAUGCUGUAAAUUCCGUCGAAACCAAACCCUUGCCUGGGUAUCGUUGCCCAUUAUAUAGAAAACCGAGAAGAACAGGUUUAACGUACAUAAGUGAAUUGCGGCUUGAAACUCCACAAGGAAUAUCACCCAAUGAGUGGGUAUUAAGAGGCGUGGCACUGCUUUGCGAUAUAAAAUAA